AUGUCUCCCCCAAACCGUUUUUCUAAAAACGAAAAAAUCCUGACGAUGAAUUUCGCAUCACUUAACGUUGGAACAAUGAAAAAUAAGAGCCACGAAAUAGAAGAUCUGAUGAGCCGACGAAAUAUCACAAUUAUGUGCGUGCAGGAAGUAAAAUGGAAGAAUGCAAGUAACAAAACAAGAUUCCUUAACAAAGCAACUCGAAAAAAUAAGUUUUACUUCCAUGGAGAAGAGAAUAAUCGCAAUGGCAUCGGCAUCAUCAUCCCAACAUAUCUACAAAACAAUAUAAUUAGCGUGACAAAAACCAACGAUCGUCUAAUGGGCAUCAAAAUAGUCAUCGGCAACAAGAUCUGGAACAUAGUCAGCGCAUACGCUCCACAGGUUGGAUGCACAUCAACAGAGAAAGAAGAAUUUUGGCUGUCAAUGGAAAAUUUCAUGAAAAACAUACCACCUGAAGAACUGAUUUUUAUCGGAGCUGAUUUGAAUGGGCACGUUGGUGUGGACAAUAGGGGAGAUAAGAGAUGGCAUGGAGGUUUUGGACUUGGCGACAGAAAUGAAGCUGGGGAAGAAAUUUUUCAUUUUGCAAAAGCCUUCGAUCUUCCCAUCAUCAACACAUUUUUCCAAAAUACCCAAGAACAUCUCGCGACAUACCAAAGUGGCAACCAUUCAACACAAAUCGACUACCAUCUUUGUUCAAGACUGCUCAAAAAUAAAGUUCAAAACUGCAAAGUCAUAUUAGGAGAAUCCGUAGCACCACAACAUCGAUUGCUUGUCACAAAAUUCCGCCUUAAUCCGAACGAGAAAUUGAAAGACACUUCAGUACCAUUACGUAAAAUCAAAUGGUUCAAAAUAACGAAUGGCGAAGAAAGCGAUUUUCUCAACAGUGCAAUACAAUGGAUUCAAGACUGCAACAACAGCGAAAAUGAGCACACAGCAGACGAGUUUUGGAAUGCUUUUCAAGACGGAAUGAUCGCACUUGCCAAACAACAUCUUGGAGAAUCCAAUGGCAAGCUAACAACGAAGAAAGAGUCAUGGCUGUGGAAGUUUGAAGCAGUGAGAAAAGCAGUGGCAGAGAAGAAGAAAGCCUUUAUUGCAUGGAAAACCUGCCAAUCGAAUGAUCCAAACGAAAAAGAAAGACUGCACGAAAUCUACAAAACUUGCAAGAAACUGUCUGCCAAAGAAGUUGCAAUUGCAACUGCAGCAACCCAUGAAGAAUGGUAUGAUAAGCUGAACGAUCCCGACGGACAGAAGCAAGUUUUCAAAAUCGCAGCGAGACGCAAGAAUGACUCGAAAGGUGUUGUAGCUCCGAAAUUCGUGAAUGACAAGAACGGAAAUCUGUUGACCAGAAAUUAA